UCCGGCUCGCGCGUAAACGGCUCCUACGCAAUUGAAUUGGAAGAACUAUGGAGGAAGAAGGUUGGAGCGAUCUCCCCCUUCCACCGCCGGAGAGCCGGAAUCCACAGAGGAGUACGUGGACGUUGGAGAAUGAUUCUCGUCGGUGGUGGAGGUUCCCCUUCUUCCGAGGGAAGCUGGGUCCUUGAAAUGAUUAAGCAUGAUGAUGCUGUUUCAUACAAGGGCAGGAGUUUGGAUCAGAAAGGGCUAGUGAAGGUUUAGCUAGAACUUGACGUAGAUGAAGGGUCGGAGGGCGAUUUCUGUAGCAGGCUCUUUUGGGGUUCGUCUGGACUCUCUAGUCUCUGGUCUCUUACAUUGGAGACGCCGAAUGGCCUGUCAAGGGUGCCAAAAUCCGUUGCAUUGGGACGGUUGUCGAAGGCUUGUGCUCGGAAAAUAGGUGCUUCAUUGUAGUAAGCCCCUCUUUAUUCCCUCCGAAAGAGAAGGGGAAAGAAGAAACUGAAAGAAAGAGAGAAGAUCCUUGCUGAAGUUCACAUUUUUCAGGGAAGGCCAAAAGGAGAGUGGUCCUCCUCCUAUGGUCCCAUCUUACUCAUGGGCUCAUCAUUUGGAAAGCACCACCUUGGUUCAUUUUUAUCGAACUAUUCCCUUCUUCUAGUACCCAUCAAAUUUCAUGCUUACCUUUUCUAAAUAAUGAUAAGUAGUAUUCUCUGGGGUAGUUUCUUUGCUCGUUUUGUCUCUACUUUCCAAUUGAUAUAAGUAUAACAAGUAGAUGAUCGUGCUAUUAUUGAAAGUCACAUUGUGCUCUUGACUCCGUAGCAUCUUCCCCCUCUCACUUUAUUACCAAUAGGUAAAGAUAAAUUGACUCCUGUUCUAGAUGAGGCACAGUCUAUGUAUAUCUUUUCAUGUGGGGAAUGAUUAAAGCUGAACUGGGGGUACAAUACUACAAUGCUUCCACAUGAUUGCAUGGUCUAGUAAGCCUGUGUGGAUUCUGGCCAUUAAUAAGCCUCUGAUUGGAAGCAACCUUUGAUUAGUAGCAACAAUAAAUUUCGGCAGUUAACGCCAUGCAGUAACUACUUUUGAUAUUGGACUAUGUUCACUGAGCAAUAUAACCAUUUAAUUGCUGUGAACGAAAAGCUGAUUUAUUGGCCUGUUACUAAUUUGUCAAACGACUGAUGUGGGGCGUAUCCUCGGAGAUGGAAGGACGUGGAAGAGUGAAAUUAGGUCAGAGCAUGGGAGAGAGCUGACAAUAAGGGGUUUUUAAUGCUUAUGAGCAAUUAAAAAUAUUCUUUUCCUUAAAAUUCAUUAAAUGCACUGACUCUGCUACUUCUUUUACUAUGCUCAGUUGUUUUGUCUCUACUGGUCAGUGAACUGCUUGCCUCUUUCUGCUGAGUUCUCUUUUACCAUCGUAAAUCCCUUGUUAACUACCCUUUCUUUUCCUUGGUGAUUCAUUGUAAUUAGAAAUAAUGUUCUUACCCAAAAUAAUGGUGCAUAAUAUUCCUUUUCUUCCCCAAAAUGAAGUCAACUGCCUAUAAGGCCCCAAUAAGUCCUCAGAUUUAAGUGGAGAACACCCAUUUCAUAUGGGAUGACCUGUAUUCAUCCCAAAAAAUUUCAACAGAUAAAAGAACUAGCAUAAGCAUCAUCGUUCCUUGGAUCUCCAUUUGAAAACAGAAUAAUCUCUCCCCUUGACGGUGAUUUUCUCCUUUGUCCUUGUGGUUGUGUGUGAGACCCCAAUCAAUGGAAAACUAGCACAUAGAAUGUGUAGUCAAAUGUUUGAUCGUGUAAUCAAAUUCUUUUUCCUGCAAUUUCCCAGUUUAUACAGAAGGACAGUACAGAGUGUUGACGCAUCAUCUGAGAGUGUUCAGUAGUUGGAAAGAGUGAACAACUUCGUUCUGAACAUUAACAAGUGAUAGGGACUGGAUGGUUGUAUUCAAAACUGUAGGGCAUUUCAGUACUGAUAUUUCUGACAUUGCCAGCCAAUAUCCUCUUAGCUCUGCCAUUAAGAUACCAUAUGCAUAUAUGCUUGUUUCUCAGAAGAAGAAAAUAACUAUAAAUAAACGAAUAAAUAAAUAGAGCACCUUUUUCACAAAGUUUUCUUGUCAGUCCUAUUAACUAAAUUUAUGGUCUAGUGUAAUCGGGAUAUAUCCAUGAACUUAAGACUGCAAUUAUCCUCCUCAAGCAAUUAUUAUUAGCUUUUAGUAUAACAAACGUAUAGAAUCAAGAUUGUUCUUUGUCAUGAGGUGGCGUACUUUUUGCUAUUGUGUAUGCAGAGUGAACAAUGUGAAGAUUUCAAUGAAUCUCUUGAAAAACAAUACAGGGAGAGGCCCUUUAACAAAAAAACUCAGCCCGGUCCCACAACCAUGAAAGCAAAAUAUCAUUUACUCUGUAUUGGGGUGAAGUCACAUGACCACAAAAAGCACUUUCACCUAACACUUUCAAGCAAUUGGCCUUACAUAUUUGUGUAUAUAUAACUCCUGUUACUAGCUGUUCUAUUCGAAAAUACUGUCACUCUUUCUGAGAGUUGACUAUCCCUGCCAAUUGAUCACAGAGAGGGAGGAGAAAUAGAGGAGAUGAGGGGUUUCAUGUGCCAGUCAGUGGAAGCAACUUCAGUUUGCACCAUUGCCGAUCCCCGAUCAGUUAUAGUACCCAGAAAACCUGACAAAACCCUAGUUGAGAACAACAGGUUGCUGAGCAGUGUCCACCGGUACUCUCAACUUGCUGAGUGGACUCAUAACAAGCGGUUUAAUCCUGAAGCUAGAUACAGGAGAUCACCAUCAGUUCUUGUGCCAUCCUUUAAAAGAGAAGAUUACAGGCAGAAUAACCAUUCUUCUGGUCGUUGUGAUCCCAUCAAGCAGCUUACAUUGGGCUCCUCGUCAUCUGACAAUGUCUUCCAGGUAGUAGUUAUGCGGGUCUCUCUUCAUUGCCAAGGUUGUGCAGGUAAAGUCAAGAAGCAUAUAUCCAAAAUGGAAGGGGUGACAUCAUACAGCAUAGAUCUGGAGUCCAAGAGGGUGACUGUGAUGGGACAUGUAUCCCCUGAUGGAGUCCUUGAGAGCAUUUCAAAGAUCAAGAGAGCUGAGUUUUGGACUAAUUAAGGUUUCUCCCUCUGCUAUGUUAACCACUUAAAAAAGAAAAGGUGAUUAUGGCUCUUAGGCCUUGGAUAAUAUAUAUAUAUAUAUAUAUAUAUAUAUAUUGUUAGACUUGGAAGAGUGUCUUUUAGCUCCCCUUUAGGAAAUGUUCAAGUGUUUAGGUAUGUCCUGCUGUGAAAAAUGGGUAGAGGAAAGGGAUCUGGAGAAAUUUGACCAUGGGAUGUUAACCCAAGAGAGGUUGAUGUUGAUUUCCAUUUUUUUUUUCCUUCCUUUCUUUUUGGGGUUUGUUUGGAAAGGGCAUUGGCACUUGACAGUGAUGUGUUAAGAAAGACUUUAUGUUUUCUUGACAAGGAAUUGUUUCCUCUCUCUAUGUCUUGUUAACCUUGUUGCUGGUUUUGCAAUCUGGAAGACUUCCCUUCUUGUGCAA